AAAGUGUAAACACUAAACAACUUCGUUAACCUAAUAUUUUCGGUGAUGUUAACGUGAAGCAAAUGUUUAUAAUGAGUAUAUUAAUUCGGAUUGAUAUAAUGAAGGUCUUUGUAUAUUUAUUAUACUUUUUGAUGUACUUGAACAAAAUAAAUUCUAUAAAUUUAGAGGAUAUAAAUAUUCCGCCAGAACAUUUUCCUUAUUUCUUUAAUACUUUUACGGAAGUAGCAAAAGUCUGUGCGGAUAAAUCUGAUUGCCGGUAUAGAGAUUUAGUUGACAGGAAAGUUUGUUGGGGAUAUGAAACCAACUGCACUAAAAGUAAUUCGUAUCAUGUUACACCUAGCUGUCCAGGAGAUCAUAGAGGUUGGGUAAAAACAAAAGAGGCGCAGUUUGAUACAUUUUAUACACAAGCUGACUUUGGGUAUAUUAAAGAACAAAUUCAAGAAUUGAUGGUAAUUUGCGAAGCUACUUAUUCCCAUGAUAGCUCAUUAGAAUGUUCUAAAUAUCUAAGAUUCUGUAGAGGUCGAAACUUAAUGCUUAAUUUUCAUGGUUUGGUUGGCCGAGGUGACAAUCUAAGAUAUAAAAUGGAUAUACUUGGUCCUGGUCAAAUAGGUGGUUAUUGCCAGCUAUAUUCAGAACGGUUAAUGAAAGAAGCAGAACACAUGAGUGCUUUGCAGUCAUGGGCUCCUGAGUUUGUAAAUUUUGUUAAAACACCACAAAGACCAAUUCAAGAUGAAAUGUGUGAUAUAACAAUAGAUAAGCCAACAUAUAUUAUGAAACUAGAUGCAACUGUGAAUAUGUAUCAUCAUUUCUGCGACUUCUUCAAUUUGUAUGCAUCACUUCAUGUGAAUUCUACACACCCGUCAACAUUUACAAGGGACAACCACAUACUCAUUUGGGAAACAUUCACUUAUGAUUCAGCAUUCAAGGAUGCUUUUAAAGCAUUUACAGUUAAUCCUAUAUGGGAUUUAAAAAAGUUUAGAGGCAAAGUAGUUUGUUUUAAAAAUGUUGUAUUUCCUCUUCUACCGCGCAUGAUAUUUGGACUUUACUAUAAUACACCUUUGAUAUAUGGAUGUGAAAGAAGUGGAUUAUUUCAUGCUUUUUCUAAACACAUACUUCAUUCUUUAAAUGUGAAGCUGUAUCCCAGGAUAAAUGACAAAGUAAGAAUUACAUUACUGUCAAGAGGAACAACAUAUCGCACAAUACUCAAUGAAAAUGAAAUUGUUAAUGCACUUUUGAAAGUAAAGGGCUAUCAUGUACAGAGAGUUGUGUACGAUAGAACUGUGCCCUUCACUGAGCAGCUGGAAAUAACGCACAACACUGAUGUUUUCAUAGGAAUGCAUGGAGCUGGUUUAACCCACUUAUUAUUUUUACCAGACUGGGCGGCUGUUUUUGAAGUUUAUAAUUGUGAAGAUCCCAACUGCUAUUCUGAUUUAUCUCGACUUCGGGGACUUAAGUAUGUCACGUGGGAAAAUAAAGCAAAAUUAGUUCAGCAGGAUCAGGGACACGGACCUGGUGGUGUGUCGCAUGCUAAAUUUACAAAUUAUUCGUUUGACGUUGAAGAGUUUUUGCGGUUAGUGGAAGUUUGUGCGUCAUACGUCCGAAAUAGACAGGAUUUCACUAACUUCAUAGCAGGAUCAAUGAAAAAGUCGCGUGAAGAAUUGUAAUGUAAUAAUUAUUUUUAUAAGUUUUCUCGAAUAUGUGAUAUUUACAUUUUUAUCAAGUGCCGUAGUUUAAGUUUUUUUUUUUUGUAUCGUAAAACUUUACAACUCAAAACGUAAAAAAUAUAUUAAUACUUUAAAAUUUAUACAAUAGUAUUUGCUAGGAGCAGCCAUCAUAUUUUGUGCCUACUUUGUCUGAUGAAAAUCGAUGUUAAGGAAUAAUUUAAAUUAUGGAUCUUUUUAAAAACUACAUACUUUUUUAAUAGGUUAAGCUUCAAUAUAGUUAAUUUACGUAAGAAAAAACGACCUGUGACAUAAGCAUUCCUAUAUAAUUUAUAUGCAUUUU